CCACUGCUCCAACGACACUCUUUAAUCCUCGCCUCAACUACCACUUCUCAUUGAUCAUCGCCGUCCCACCCAUGUCGCUUGCUGCAUGCCAAAGAAGCUAGCUUUGGCUUUGCCAUAGAUCAUGAUGAGCAGCAGCACAAGGUUCUCCUACCGCCGCCUCAAGAAGCUCCCGCCGGCGCCUGAUCUCGAUUACGGCGGCCAUGGCGGCGCCGUCGGGAGGAGGAGGGUGACGUGGAGGAGGAGGAGGCGGCCGCGGCUGAGGAUCUCGGGCCUGACGAGGGCCCUGCGGAGGAAGGCGGCGGCGGUGGGCGGCGCGGUCAGGGCGUCGGUGACGAAGGUGCUGCGGCGGCUCAGGGAAGGGAGCCCCUACGUCGGGGACCUCUUCGCCGGCAACUACAUGUUCAUGCAGGUCACCCCGUCGCCGACCAUGGCGAUGGCCGCCGCCGGCGGCCCGGACAAGGGCGUCGCGGCGUUGCCGUCGUACUACCGGACGGUCGCCGGCAAGAACGCGCUCCGGGGGGCCACGACGGCGCCGUGGCGACAUUCUCCCGCCGUGCUGUACAAAGCUUGAUUAGCUGAGUUUUUCGAUCGUCAUUUAAUUUGUUGUUGGUGUGUGCAUGCCAUGAUCGUACGUGCCGGUACUACUGUCCGUCAAAGUGUCAAAAUAAUUACUCGAGUAAAGCAAAGUUAUUAUACAUAUAUGAGGCCCCAUUAAUCUAUAGAUGACGUGAUAAUUCCAUCUCUAUCGAGUUCCAUUUCCUACAUUUUCCUACAUACAACACAUAAUAUUAAAAAUAUGAUCCGAAUUAUUAUCUGUAAUGUAUUUAGAUUAUAUUACUAGUUUCCUACUAGUUUUUUCUAACAGUUUUUUAUUUGGAGUAGGAGUAGAAUUAGUUUCCUAAUAGGAUUCUGUCAGUCUCGUCCUAUUAGUACUCCAGAUUUCCCCCUAUAUAUCCAUUGUAAACUGCACGGAAAAGGUGCAACGACCCAAUGUAUUCUCCUGCUAUUGUAAUCAUCACCUCACAGUGGAUAUUGCUGGUUGACGCCCGUGAUUUUUUCCCGUAAGGGUUAUACGUUAAGUCUGUUUUUUGGUUAUGUCUUAAUUUUUUUAACAAGUGGUAUCAGAGGUAUCAUCAGACCUAUCAGAUCUAUUCUGCUACGGCGUUCUUCGUCCCGCGUUUUGGCCGGUCGUAUCUCGUCACAUCGACGGCGCACCAGCCACAAUCUUCGCUUCUCCUCGUCGACAGCCAGCAGCAGCAGCAGUACAACAACAACAUCGAACUAGUAAUGCUGCCAUUGCACGGUCCCCGAGGCAGGCAUGAAAUGAUAGCAGCGACAAAGCUUUGUCUGUUCGUUCAUGUUCUAGUGUCAAAAGGAUUUUUCGGCGGAAUUUUCUACAUCCGUAUCGGUCUUCGUAUUAAGUAACUUUUUUUAUUCUAUUAUAUUUUUUGGUCUAUAAUUUUUCUCGAAGUCUUUCACCAAAUUAAACAUUGAGAAGUUUGAUGGCAAGAUCAAUUUUAGCAUAUGAUAAGUUCAGAUGAAAGUUUUCUUCUACCAGCUGAUGUUUGGAAGGGAAAAAUAAUUCAUCGAGAAAAUUUUCGUUUCCGUUUAUCACUUUGAUCAAAUUUCCCAGGAGAUUUCAAUACUUCGUUUCGCUGUUAUGUUG